AUGACGGUAAAUCGCCUAAGUUUACAGCAUUCAGCUGGAACGGCCUCUUCCUCUUCACCUUUGCAUGAUGAUCGCUGGGAAGUUAAUCAUGAUCAGCUAAGUGAGCUUCAUGAUCCUAAAUCAUUGAGAGUACUCUAUGAGAUGGGAGGUAUAGAUAAGCUAACCCAGAUGCUUCGAUCGGAUACUAGGAAUGGUUUGAAUAACAAUAACGAAGAAGACUUACGAUCUAGAGUUAAGCAAUUUGGUGCUAACAAGUUACCAUCUAAAGCCCAAAAGUCUUUCUUCAGAUUAUGCUACGAAGCAAUGAAAGAUAAGGUUUUAAUACUCUUAUCUGUAGCAGCAGUAAUUUCAUUAGCACUUGGAUUGUAUGAGACAUUUGGAGAAGCAACUAUGCAUGAUGACGAGGGUAAACCUUUACCAAAAGUUGACUGGGUGGAAGGUGUUGCUAUUAUUGUGGCUGUAGUAAUAGUGGUCCUUGUCGGUGCAAUUAACGAUUAUCAAAAGGAAAGACAAUUCGCCAAAUUGAAUGGCAAAAAGGAAGAUAGAGAAUUAAUCGUAAUUAGAAAUGGUUCCCAAAAGAUGAUUUCUAUAUAUGAUCUUUGUGUUGGCGAUAUAAUUAACUUGCAGACUGGUGACGUUGUACCUGCCGAUUCUGUUUUAGUCAGUGGGGAGGUAGAAUGUGAUGAAUCUGCAUUAACCGGUGAAUCAGAAACGGUUAAUAAGGUAUCGGCUUCGGAAGCUCUUAAGAUUUAUCAAUCUCGUCUUCCAACUAAUGAAGACCUAGGUUCUUCUACAGUAAAAUUUAAGGAUCCAUAUCUUAUUUCUGGUUCUAAGGUAUUAUCUGGGUUAGGCAAUGCUUUAGUUACCGCCGUCGGUCCCAAUUCAAUUCAUGGUAAGACCAUGAGAAGCUUGCAUCACGAACCAGAGACUACUCCUCUUCAGGAAAGGUUGGAUGGAUUAGCAGAAGGUAUUUCCAAAUACGGAUUUCUCGCAGCUUUGGUUCUCUUCAUUGUUUUAUUAAUCAGAUUUUGUGUAAACAUUGCUCCUGGAGGAAGAUUUCACAGCUUACAAAGUACAGAAAAAGGUAAAAAGUUUGUUGAUAUACUUAUUACCUCUAUAACUAUUGUUGUUGUAGCGGUGCCGGAAGGUUUACCGUUGGCGGUAACUUUAGCAUUAGCAUUUGCUACCAUAAGGAUGGCACAAAAUGGAAACUUGGUUCGAGUCUUGAAAUCUUGUGAGACCAUGGGCGGAGCAACUGCCAUUUGUUCCGAUAAAACAGGAACUUUGACUGAGAAUAAAAUGAGGAUAGUCAAAGGCUAUUUUGGUAACUCUAACGACAAUUUUGAUGACACAGUUGAUAGUCAAGGUACAAAAUCAAAAGAAGUUUUACCUGCCUUGAAUGAUAGCAUGAAAGUCUUCCUUUGUACUAAUAUAGUCUUGAACUCGACUGCAUUUGAUAAUGUUGAUUUCGAUGAAGAAAAGUACAAGGAAGCCUUACAAAGACCGCAGAAAAAAUCACUUCUCCAUCAUUUGUUGAAGGGAAGCAACCAACAGAAAGCGAAAUUUGAUCUAGACAUUGUUUCUGAGCCAUAUUUGGGAAAUAAGACAGAAUCAGCUUUAUUACUUUUAGCAAGAGAUGCACUUAACUUGUUUUCGAAAUCAAGUCUUGAAGAGCAAAGGGAUGAAGGUAAAAGUAAGAUCGUGCAGGUCAUUCCUUUUGAGAGUUCUAGAAAAUGGUCUGGAAUUGUGAUGAAAAUAAGUAACGGCUACAGGUUAUAUGUUAAGGGUGCUGCUGAAAUAGUUUUCAAAAACUGCGGAUAUCAAUUUGAUAAGGAUGGGAAUGUUGUUAAAAUGGACCGCAAUUUGCGUGAUACUGCUUUGAGUGUGAUUGAUGACUAUGCCAAUGAUGCUUUACGUGCGAUUGCUUUAGCGCACAGAGAUUUCGUUGGAGCAAGCUCCUGGCCGCCCCCAGAUUUGGCAAGUUCUGAGAAUAAAAAUGAAGCAGAUCCAUCUCUUUUACUCAAUACAAAAAACCCUUACGAGGAUGAAAAUAAGAACCUUACCAUGGAGACUUUGGUUGGUAUUCAGGAUCCGUUGAAAGCGGGAGUGCCAGAAUCUGUGUUGCAAUGUAAAAUUGCUGGUGUUACUGUCAGAAUGGUAACUGGUGAUAACUUAAUGACCGCAAGGGCGAUUUCUAAAGCUUGUCAUAUCUUGACUCCGGACGAUCUGUCCAAUGAAUAUGCCUUUAUGGAGGGACCACAUUUUCGUAAACUUUCGCCAGCUGAAAGAAUGCGUAUUGUUCCGCAAUUGAAAGUUUUAGCAAGGUCAUCUCCAGAAGACAAAAGGAUUUUAGUUGAUACUUUGAGAAAAUCAGGCGAGGUCGUAGCUGUUACUGGUGAUGGUACUAACGAUGCCCCAGCGUUAAAACUUGCCGAUGUUGGAUUUUCAAUGGGUAUCUCAGGAACCGAAGUUGCUAGAGAAGCAUCGGAUAUCAUUUUGAUGACAGAUAAUUUCAAUGAUAUAGUUCAAGCAAUUAAAUGGGGUAGAACUGUUGCUACGUCUAUCAAGAAAUUCAUUCAGUUUCAAUUGACAGUUAACAUCACUGCGUGCAUGUUGACGUUUGUAUCAGCUGUCGCGUCUUCCAAUGGGCAAUCUGUGUUAACUGCGGUCCAGUUAUUGUGGGUGAAUUUAAUCAUGGAUACUUUGGCUGCCUUGGCGUUAGCCACAGACAAGCCAGAUGAUUCAUUCUUAAAGAGAAAGCCUGCUGGUAGACAUACUCCAUUAAUUUCGACUUCAAUGUGGAAGAUGAUCAUUGGCCAAUCUUCAAUGCAAUUAAUCGUUACUUUCAUAUUACAUUUUUCAGGAAGAAGGUUUUUUUUUGGGGAUAAGACUAUAUCAAGUCAUCAGAAUAAGCAAUUGGAUGCAAUGACAUUCAAUACAUUUGUCUGGUUGCAAUUCUGGAAAUUGGUCGUAACAAGAAAAUUGGACGAAGCAGACGAGGUCAGAAGUGUUAAAGGUAGAAUUACUGCCGAAAACUUGAAUUUUUUCCAACAUUUGUUUAGAAAUUGGUAUUUUAUUACGAUAGCAGUUUUGAUCGGAGGCUGUCAGAUUUUAAUCAUGUUCGUGGGUGGCGCUGCUUUUUCAAUCGCCAGACAAACUCCUGGUAUGUGGGCAACUGCCAUAUUAUGUGGUUUUAUUUCAAUUCCCGUGGGAGUGAUUUUAAGAAUUAUUCCAAAUUACUGGGUGGAAGCAAUAUUUCCAACUAGAGCUUUCAAUACAUUUAUCUACUACGUCGGUUUCGGCUUCUUAUCAAAAAAGAAGAAAAACAAAGCUGAUGAUCUAGAAAAGGAUGCUGCCGUUAACGACAAGGAGUCGGACAGCUCCUAA